CGGAGCACAGCACAGCUAAACUCUGUUUACGAUGCGAGUCGCGAAGUCACUGCGGCACCCUUUUCGCGAUCGCGAAUGAAUGUCACCGAGACGCAUCUUACACUUGGCGGUGGCAACCCUUCCGAACACCUCCUGCGAAUGGUACCGCCGCAACACGGCGACUCCACACAAGCCGCUGUCUCCCGCAGGCCUCUUCCAAGAGUGCCGCCCCUUGAGUGCACACUUCUCUGGCGCCGCUGUUGCCACAGGGUGUGACACCACGAAAUAAGAAAUUUCCGGGCUGAAAAUUGUGUUCCUCUUCGACAUCCCGGGGUGGCCCUCGUGUUUGACACCGAGCUUAGCUCCGGUGGACCAUGGAAUUCGAAGACGUCAUCGACAAGCUCGGAGGCUACGGCCGGUUCCAGCGGCUACUCGUCUGGGUCUACCUGGCACCGGCGUCCCUCUUGAUGCCGGGCUACUUCAUGAACCAGAUCUUCAUGCUAUCCGUGCCCAAACACUCUUGCGUGCUACCCGACCUGGCAGUGACGUUCAACUUGACGGACGCCCCCGAGCCGGAUAUCCUUCGCAAGUUCCUGGUCACGGACGACGAGUGCAGCAUGUACGCCCUGGACUCCAUCAACGAGAGCCUGGCGCGGGGUCUCCUCUCGGUGGCGAGCGCUGUUGACGCCGGCGCUAACGUCACCCGUUUGCUUCAUGGUGUGGAAAAAAUGGCCUGCACGGAGUUUGCCUAUGACGACACCAACUACGAAAGCACGGCAUCCACGCAGUGGGACUUGGUGUGCGAUCGAGGCCAUCUCCCAAGUCUCGUCUUCACGCUUGGAAGCGUUGGCAGCGCCAUAGGAACCGUUCUCUUAGGCACGCUAUCUGACAGAAUUGGUCGGAAGCCAGUUUUUAUCCUGACAGUGUUCAUCGCGACCGUGUUUGGACUCUCUUCCAUCCUGGUGACAAACUUUAUCGCCUUCGCCAUGCUACGUUUCAUGAACGCAAGCGUCAUGCCGCAGAUAUUCCAGCUGCCCUACAUCAUCCUGCUGGAGCUUGUGGGUCCCGCACAACGCACCCUGAUGCUCGGUGUCUGCUGCAUCUCGUGGACCGUGGGCCUGUGCAUACUGCCACUCGUCGCGUACCUGUCGCGCUCAUGGAUCCUGCUGGGCAUCAUCUGUUCCUCGUGCGCCAUACCAAACCUGUUCUAUUACAAACUCAUCCCCGAAUCACCACGGUGGCUUUUAUCUCAAAACAAAAUCAAGGAGACAACGACAAUUCUCAAGCGGAUCGCAAAAACCAAUGGCGUGGAAGUCCCCGAAGAUCUCGCGUCGGAUCUCGUGAAAGUACAAAAAAAGAUUGCCGAAGAGAAGGAAAUCGCAGCCGCGAGGACUUUUGACCUUUUUCUGAAGCCUCGUAUUCGUAGAAACAUUCUCAUCAUCACAGUGAGCUGGGUGGCCAACAGUUGCGCCUACUACGGCUUGCACAUUAACGUAACCAACAUGAGCGGCAACGAGUUCCUGAACUUCUUCCUGCUUGGCCUGGUCGAGUUUCCGGCCUCUGUUGUGGGCUGGUGGACUAUGGAGUACUUUGGCCGCCGAUGGAGCAACGUGGCUCUGCAGCUACUCGUCAGCGUCGCCUGCUUGGCGUCCUGCUUCAUACCUACGGAGGCGGCCGUUGCCGGCGUCACAGCAUCUCUGGUGGCCAAGUUCGCGUGCGCCGCCUCCUUCAUGAUCAUGUACCAGCAGGCGGCCGAAGUGAUGCCCACGCCGCUGCGGUCGUUCGCGCUGGGCGCAUCCUCGGCAUUCUCGUCGGCGUUCAGCAUCUGCAUGCCCUACAUCAUAUACCUCGGCCGGUACGGCAACUGGAUUCCCUUCAUGUUCCUCGGUUUACUGGCGGCCGCGGCUGGCAUAUCGGCCGCGUGGCUGCCCGAGACCAACGGCUACGUGUUGUGCCAGACCAUUGAAGACGCCGAAGAGUUCGGGAAGGAUCAGCAGUUCUUCUCGCUCAACAGGAGAAAAGAAAAAAGGAAAGACUACGACAAGAGCGCCUCCAAAGAAAAAGAAAUGGAACCCAUGACCAAAGCCUGACAGCAUUUCAUCGUCAUCACAGUUUAUGUGUGCAAGAUCCACCAGCCGAGCUGUCGACCAUUGUACUUCGAACGAACUCAUCUGGCUCCUCCACUCAUCUGGCUAAUACUGACGUGUACAAUGUGUACAUUAGUGUACACAUUGACGUGUACAAUUGACGUGUACAAUUGACGUGUACAAUUAGCGUAGAAUGCGACACUUGCGCUUACAUUUGACUGACAUGCAUCGCAGUUUAAUUCAAAACAACAUUAUCUCAGUGAACCGAGUGUUCUUAAGCGAAUAAGAAGUCGGCGCCGUGAGAAUAACCAAACAUUCGACUUAACGUAAAAUGCAUGAACUGCAGCUUGUUCCAAGUAACAGAAAAAAAAACAAAGGUUACGGAGCACACGCCUUCAUAGCUUAGUGGUUGAGGUGUUGCACUGCCAAGCUCGAAAACACAUGUUCGAGUGCCAGCUACGAUGGCCGCGGUUCGAGGGAGACGAAAUGCGAAAGCACCAUGUACUCAGACUAAGGUGCAUGUUAAAGAGAUGUAGAUUGGAGGAAUAAACUUUAUUAUUCAGAAAGCGGAGGGGAAAUGGGGGAAACCAAGUUUGACGGGGGCUAUGUUGAGUCCCAAGGGGCCGCAGCACUAGCAGACCAGUCCACCAGCUUGACCUGUAUAUUAUAUAAAAUGUAACGUUAAAAGUGCUGCCCCCCACGGCUACCCUCAUAAUUAUAACAUCGUUUUUGCGCGUUAAACCACGACAGCUUUCGCUAGCUCGAGAAUUCAGUGACACUUGUUCUUGCUUUUCUUUCAAACUCUCGACCACACCCAGUUUUUAGAACAUUCGAAAAAUUCUUUAAGAGAAAAGUUUUUGCUGGUACAAUAUCGACCGUUCUCUAAGGGUUAUAUUACAUACAUGUAAUAUCGAACCAUCAGUUUACGUAUUUAAGAUAAGCACCAUUUGGGUGUCGCAAUAAUAAAUGAAAAUUGGGCAAGUUCAUUGAAGGAGCAGACUUUUCUUGCGAGCAGCUGGGGUCAUUGCGCCACCUGGCGGAACAGAUUCAAGGCACACCUUUUUUAGUGAGAGGCCUCCGAGAUUUUCUUCGGCAGUGCGGCGAAGCCCAAACUUAACGCAGGGCACGCGAAUGGCAGAAUGCCGAUGUGCGAGUGCAGCUACCAAACAAUCGAGUCAAGGAUUAACGAUUGAUUGAUAUGUGGGGUGUAACGUCCCAAAAUCACCAUACGAUUAACAAGUCAAGGAUUAGAGUUACGUUCUUGUACACGUUACGUUGGGAGCACGGAGACUAAUCGGUGUGACCCCGAAACUCUCUAGUGACCUUCAGAAUUCGGCCAACCCACAAAUGCGCUCACCAGUUUCGCGUGUUUACAUGUAGGAAACUUUGCCUUUAAAAAACGUUGUCUGUCUGAUGCAGGCCGGGCCGCAUAACAAGUUAUUGACCUGUCGUUUCAUUCACAAAGGCCGUUUCAUCUACACCUCCACUGAACAAAAUAAGCUAAAGUUUCAUACUUAAAUUACGUAUAACUUUUUUUCCGUACCAGCUUUUAUGAUCGACAGAUGCUUUGUUUUAUUUUUACCUGAGACAGUCUAAUACUAUCAGUGCUGUUUUAUAUUACCUGGAUAUCUUCUGAUAAUUUUUCGUUUUUGCGUAACUAAUUUUCAUAACUGUUCUUUUACGUCAAUUUUCAAGCAAAGGCACAAAAUUGUCGAUUACACCUUGAUAACAAGAGAAAUUGACAUCACUCUCAAUGUACAAACAUAUUUAGCCAUUCGAAAUUUGCUGUCAUACAGCCGUUGUUAUCGUAUGAUAUUCUACUUAAAAAUGAGGAUUCAGUUUGUAUAUGUAAUCAAUGAAUACGUCAAAGUACGACCCUGGUAACGCAAAACAGAAUGUUGUACGUCAAAUGAAAGGUUUCAGUCUAUCGCGUCUUAAUCGACGCUACCACAGUUUUUGCAAUUCUUGCGGAGAAUAAAGUGCAAAAUGUGAAUUCGCACCAGAACCUACCCUUGCCUCAAUUGCCCCUUUCGAAUUUUCACCUACAAGGGUAAUGUUUUUUGCGCAGUUCACUACUGACACGACGUUAGAAUAUGCAGCAUCCAGCUAUCUUUCUUGGUCGCGUGUCACUUUGUUCACGCGUCAACUACUUCCCAGUAUUGUCAAAUUCAUGAAAUACAUUCGCGGUGCAAAAUGAUGUGCUAUUGGCGAACUGCAUCCGUGCCGUUCACUCAAUCGCGUUGCCCGUUUUAUCCCUGAUGACAGCAUAAGCAAUAAGGUAUAACAUGCUUACACCACACUUGACCACGUGACUCACUUCAAAUUUCCUAAAGCAAAGUAUUCGACCAAAUUAUGUGGACACGUGUUUUUUGUCCAGAACGAUGUCAUUGAUUACUGCGUGCCAAUAUGACUCACUUGCGUAACGGAUUGCCGAGGAACGUCUCCUUCCUCCUCUCAAGUUUGAAUCACCCGUAUCCAAACGGACGGCUUGUCGUAACGCCCCUACAUGACCACCCAAUAGUUGGCGGAUUGGUUGAGAGGUUUGCCGCUGGUCGGCACAGCGUGUCAAUCUGGCCUGCUCAUUAUUUCUCCCGUAAGUCUAUUUCACCGUUCAUGCGCUUUCUGUGAGAGUGUCAGGCGCUCUAAACACUUUCUUUCUCAUUUCGCCUCAACGCGAACGCUGAAAGUUACACAGUGGGUUAUGGAAAGGCCGCAUUAAGACUUGUGAAAACUUGUGGCGCACGAAAAAGACACGGACUGAGAAAGACGACGGGACGAUGCACCGAGUUCCAGCAGAAUCUUUUCCUGAAGUCACGUCCAUGCGCCAGCGCGUAUCACGACCUUGAAUAUUUUUUUUUACUUGAUAACCUUAAAGAGCUCGUUUCGCUGAAAUUCCAGCGUCAGCGUCGUUGGUUGUGUGCGAAAUAUCACCUCGUGCGUGACAAAAUUGAGAAACAUGUAUAUAAUAAAAUAAAGAAUUCUGGGUACGAGUGGC